AGACCAAGGUUUGGGAUGUUUGGUUUCCUGUGAAGGAAUGAGAAGAAGCUGCAGAGUUUCACUCAAUCUGGACGUUUUUUAUCUGGAAACCUUUUAAUCUGAAAAACCUGAAUUUAUUUUCACUGUUGUGGGAAAGACUUUGAUGAACUUUCUGGAUUUACUCUGAAAAAUCUCCUUUAAUUUCAGCUUCACUGCAGAAUUAACAGGUUGCUACAUGCAGGAGGACCGAUUACUACCCUGUCAAAGGCUUUUCAUUUGAAAUGCUACAGUUUUACAGUUGAUGUUUUUCUUCAAUUUAAGUGGGAGAAAUAAACGUCUUUCUCCUGUUUUUGGCAACAUUAUUAAUAUAUUGCUAAGCUAACAGUGGAUGUGUUUGGUUCUGAUAUCAUGAGACGUUUCAUGAAUCAGGGGUCGUUCACCAUCUAGCCAAUCAGACGGGAUGAUUUCUUACGUUGACUGUCUGGGCGGCGAGGGGGCGGGGCCUGGAGCGUCGUCACACUGCUGGAACGGGGGUCCUGACGAAGAGCGCGAUGAGCUUCUUCCACGCAAGAUGGCCGCCCUGCAGCCGAAAACAGAGGGCAGCCUGAGGCGGCGCCUGCUGAGCGCCAAGAUCUACCAGCAGCAGAGCGCCAUGUUGGGGCUGAACGCCAGGCCGGCGCCGCCUUCAGGUGACAGCAAGCCCCUCCCACCUCACCUUCAGGGAAACCCCUGGCACCUCCCACCGCGGCAGCAUGUCCACCCUUCCCUCCCACUGGAGGCUCAUGGGAAACUCUUCUUCUCCCCUGAAUCCUGUGGGAAGACUCAGACCUCGCCCCUGCAGGUGCCACGCCCCUCUUGCCCCAUCCUCAGCCACAGGCGCCGGACCAGUUCCUGCCCCCCGGCCCCAGAGCCCCGCCCUGGCUACGCCCUUCCUGCCCACAGCCUGUUGAGCGUCACAAACCCUCCAAAGGAACCAGAGGUGCCACCGCAGUACUGCUACCAGCCCACCAAGAGGCGCAAGACCCGAUUUCUUUGGUUCCGACGCCGGCAGGGGAAAAGCUGGAAGCAGGAAGCGUUGUCGACCACUCCGCUUCUCCAGAAAGCAGGGGACAGGGACAGCAAAUGGUCCGUUCACUACAGUACCCAGAAGCCUCCGCAGGGUCUGCGCUUCGUUCCUGGGAAGCGGCGGUCGGGCAGCGCUGAUGACCUGCGAGUUUACAACGGGCUGACUCAGCAUGACUGCUUCAAGCCCCGCCCACCGAGUCCCACCUUUGCUCCAUUGUGCGGUCUGGACCAAUCAGAGGGCGGCGCUCGCAGAGGCUGGCGGAGCAGAGGCAGAGCGAUGAGGUCCAGAGUCUUGGACUUUUUCUCUCAGACUUGUUUUUCAGUUUGUUUCAAGUUUUCAUUUUGGAGGAGAAAGUCCUCAGCGUCUUCAGAUGAAGAUGAGAAGUUCUUCCUCCCCAACACGCGACCUAUGACCCCACUGGUCCUGAAUCCCAUCAGCCUCACUUCCUGCUGGGACGACGACACGGAGCCUCCGGAGCGCCUGCCAACACCGGAGGAGAAGAUGAGGCGGCAGGCGGACGCCAUCGCAGCCGACGUGGUUCCCAUCAACGUAACGGGUGAGAGUUUUGACCGACAGGCCAGUUUUCGGAGAACAAUCUCUAAUAGCGACUCGUUAAAUGGAAGACCUCAUAAACUGAGCCGCCGUAAAACCGUUUCUGCGAUAUCAGACGACGUCGUCCCCAAAUCGUUGGUCCCAGUGAACCUGCCUGGCCAGUACUCAACAGCGAGUCGACUUCCUUCCUCCUCACAUCAGCAGAAGAGCCUGGAGGAGAGAGAAAGGGACAGGAAGGACAGACCGUCCAGGAGAAUCAGAGCCCCAAAGGGUGAGGGCAUGUCCAGCCUCAUGGCCUCCCUCACCUCCUCACCAAACGCCGGCAAGCAGCCCAACUCCUGCCACUCGUCUUCCUCUGAGAUCGACAGCCUCCCCCGCAUUCCCACCAACUCCUCUCUGAGUUCAGAGGUCAGCGUGAACUGCACCACCUACAGGACACUCAGUGCUUCCUCGUCUUACAACCAGGAUCAGGAAAGUUUCCCAAGUGAUUUCCAGCCGCUGUUGCCCUACGACCCCAAUGCCAGAGUCAUACCUCAGUCUCCUUCCUCAUCGUCUCGUUUUCCUUCUUCUCCUGUCAACUCCUGCGUCUCUGACACGCCCAGCCAGCUGCAAUCGGAGUGGUCUUGUCCUAGUGAUAGACCUUUAAAUGUGGACUCCUCUCACUACCUCUCCUCUUCAAGUAUCGCUGAUUCUGUGUCUCAGUUUAGUUACCAAGCUCUGGCUGAUCAGAGCUUCUCUGAUGGAGACUCCUGUAGUGGGGAAAGCUGGAGCUACAGACGUCUUUCUCCUGCGUCCAGCAUCCACAGCGGUUUCCCCCAGGACACACGAUGUGUCUCUGAAGACGGCUGGAACUGUGAACCUCUCCUUCCUUCUGGUCGCUCCACCCCUGUCUGCAUCGACAACACCUCCCUUUGUUCAGAGAGGAUGUCUUCAUCUCCCUUGCUGAACCGGGACAAAAGGAAGUCCAGCACUUCGGCGUUCUCCUCUCGCUCUAUGACGCGCAGCAUCUCCCUACGCAAGUCCAAGCGCCCGCCUCCCCCACCGCUGCGCUCCGACUCCUUGAGGCGUCGGCCAGGUCGCAGCAAAGCCUCUCGUUCAACAACAAGCCCACGUCCUGACCGGAUGGAUACUCCAGCCAGUCUAACACCCCCAGUCCUGGAACGCCAGUCUCUUCACCCCACAAUCCUUCCUCUCCUCUCUCUGCCAGCCCAGGAGCAUUUUCCCUUCCUCCAGCCUCCCCUUUCUCUACUUCAUGCUCUUCAAGCUCAGCGUUUUCCCCCACAGCCUCCUCCCUCCCCAGGACCAGCUCUGCUCUCCAACUCCUCACCUUCCUCCUCCUCCUCCACCUCCUCCUCCUCCUCCUCUUCCACGCUCUUCUCCUAA